CUCAGUGAGGCUUAUGGAUUUAGUAAAUGUGCCCAGUAUGAACUUAACCACAGCCACAUAAUCUGCAUCAACAAGCACAUAGUAAACUUGACAGAAGUCAUUGGCAAACUACCUCCAAGUACAACCCAUCUGAAUCUAACUCACAACCGAAUUCAGAGAUUGUUUGCCAGGAGUUUUGCCCACCUUCCUUCCCUUGUUGACCUGAGGCUGGAGUGGAACAGAAUCAAGUACAUUGAAAAACAUGCUUUUCAAUGACUAGGAAAUCUCACGCUCUUAAACCUGAUAGAAAAUCACAUUGGAAGUCUCAACAAGUCAACUUUUGAAGGUCUUGUAAACCUGCAUACAUUGUUACUGAAUAAAAAUAAGAUCUUGUGGAUUGACAAAGAAGCAUUUGCACCACUUAUAAAUUUACAGAACCUAAGCUUUGCUCGAAACCCUAUGUCAGAUUUUCAAAAUAUUAUAGAUGCAAUUCAUGGUCUAAAGCAACUCUUAACUCUUGAUCUCACAAAUAACAGCAUUACAAAAUUAAGCCUGCGUCCUUACAUACUCCAUUCACUACAAUCAUUGAGCUUACAAGGAAACCACAUUCAGACACUGGACUUUUCAAAUUUGACUCUCCCCAACUUGGCAAAACUUGAUUUAACCAACAACAGGUUAAAACACAUUAACAUGUUAUCUUUUCAGAAUCUGCCUUGUCUGGCUAUCUUAAAUCUUGGCGGCAAUUUCAUUGACAUUGCGCAGCUACACAGUGACCACUUGAAGAGUAUCACUGACCUGGACUUGUCUAAUCUGACCACUGUUCACAGCAGUUUGGAUGUAAUCAGUGAUCUUUUGCAAAGCUUGCCAAAGCUGGUAUCCUUGGUCAUUCAGAGGAAUAAGAUGGAGCCUAAGGAUCUCAAGCAAUUUGGAAACCAGUCUCAUCUCUUGUCUCUUGAUCUGCUUGGAAACAGAAUACACCAACUCAUGGAUAAUGAAUUUCAACACUUCCAGAAUCUGAGCCAUCGAAAUUUGGAGCAGUGCAACCUCAACAUCAUCAGUAAUAAUUCUUGGUCAAUUCUGAAGCACCUAACACAUUUACAUUUAAAGCACAACAACAUUAAAAGUCUUCAGGAUUACGUCUUCACACCAUUGAAGGGCCUGCAGUAUUUGGAGCUUUCUUGGAAUCCAUUGUUAAAGUUUAAUAGUUUAGCUUUUUAUGGUCUGAACAGGCUAAAAUACCCUGAUUUGAGGGCUUGCUGGAUCAGCACGUUACAUCCAUCCUCUUUCACAAAUUUGGCAUCUAUUUUAAAUUUAACGUUUGAGGAAAAUAAUCUUCAUAAAAUUAGUAAAUACACUUUUAGUCAAUUGAAAAAUCUUACCAUUCUUACUUUGUCAAGGAACAGGAUUUUAGAAAUAAGUGAUGACGCCUUUGAGGGGCUUACCUAUCUCAAGUAUCUUGAUUUAGCUUUUAACACUCUGCAUGCUGUGCAUCAUGAUAUAUUUAAGGGAUUGCAAUCACUUGAACAUUUAGAUCUUCGGUCCAAUAAAAUCAGUUUUGAAACCACCAGGAAACUGAAAGAUCUUCCGUUUUCGCACCUUAAAUUUCUCAGACAUCUGAAUCUAGAAAAUCAGAUCCCUCAAGGAAUACAGGUCAUCCCAGUCAACUUUUUUGAGGGAUUAGCUAAUCUACAAAUGCUAUAUAUAGGGAAAAACCAAAUGGUUUUCUUUGACACUCAGUCACUGGAUCCACUGACAAAUCUAACUGUUUUAGACAUAUCAGGAGUGGGAUACAGAGUUCUGAAUUUAAACAUAUCUCUAUUGAAGAAAUUGAAGAGACUGCAAAUUCUACGACUGGAGAAUAACUACAUGGAAACCAUUCCUAUAGAACUGGUCUCUAGCUUGGAGUCAUUGCAGAUCUUCUCUCUUCACUUUAAUUACAUCAAAAAUAUUAGUAAAGAAUUUGUUCAGGGUUUGAAGUCAUUGAAUUAUUUUGAUAUGUUUAAUAAUUCACUUGACUGCUUAUAUAAUAAUGCUUGGUUCAGAAACUGGUCUGUCCACAGUUCCACUGUGCAGAUCCCGUACCUGGGCAGUUAUCUUUGUGCUGGCCCAGAUCCAAAGACUCUAUUCAUUGAUUUUGAUGAUAGCAUCUGCAACAGUGACAUUGGAAAAGUCCUUUUUGUUUCGACCUAUGUGGUGAUUUCGAUUACUCUGAUCUGUUCUUUAGUGACUGUCACACUGACAUGGUUGUUUCGGUACACCAUCUAUAUUGCUAAAGCUGAGCUAAGUAACAAGUUUCAGAAAGUCCAAAAGCUGUACACUUAAGAUGCAUUUGUAUCCUACAACUCAAAUGAUGAAAAAUGGAUCUUUGAAGAGCUGGUGCCCAAUUUGGAAGAAAAUAUGCAACCACCAAUAAAGCUGUGCCUUCACCACCGUGACUUUGAGCUGGGGGUGGACAUCAUUGACAACAUUCAGAGUGCAAUCAGCAGCAGCAGGAAGACUCUGUGUGUGAUAAGUAAUGAAUAUCUCAGGAGUGAAUGGUGCAGGUUAGAUGUCCAAUUGGCUAGCAUGAGGCUUUUUGUUGAUUAUCAAGAUGUUCUCAUUCUGAUAUUUCUGGAGAGGAUUCCAGACUAUAGACUCUCUAACUAUCACAAAGUGAGAAAGCUCGUGAAGAAACAGACCUAUAUCACUUGGCCUGAGGACCCAAGUGAAAGACAAUUGUUUUGGGCAAGACUUGAAAAUGCUUUGAGGCAAAAAACAGUGGAUGAGAGCAACAUGCAAUUAAAUGUAGCUGAAUAAGUGCGAGUACAAUCAAAAUUGUGGUGUCCAGCAAGAUAGUCGAACUGAAGAGGAACUAUAAAAGUUUAUAGUAUUGAAGGAC